AUGACAGAUAAGACGUGGCUCCAGCACGUCGCAGCGGAAGACGUCGGAGACGGCCGCAUCCAGCACGUCAAGUACGUCGCCGACAAGCACGGCGGCUACAAUGCUGAGGUCGCCUACGAGGGAGAGGCCCAGUACCCUGAUUACCACCCCGCUCCUGCCUGCAAGACUGCUGUCAAUGCCUACCAGCUAGCGUACAAGGCCGCUGCCGCCCCAGCUCCAGAUACACCGGUGUACAGGCCUGCCCCGGGCUACAAGCCGGCCUCUUACCAUCCGCAGCCCCAGUACAGUGAGGAGGCCAAGCCUUUCGCUUACGACUACGCCGUCAACGACCGCUACACCGCGGCCCCCUCCUACAAGCCGGCGUCUUACCACCCGGGGCCCCAGUACGAGGAGGAGGCCAAGCCGUUUGCUUACGACUACGCCGUCAACGACCACUACACCGGCACCAACUUCGCCAAGAAGGAGGAGAGCGAUGGCCACAACACCCAGGGAUAUUACUCGGUGGCUCUGCCCGACGGCCGUGUCCAGCACGUCAAGUACGUCGUCGACAACUACGGCGGCUACAACGCUGAUGUCACCUAUGAGGGAGAGGCCCAGUACCCACAAUACCACCCCACCCCUGCCUACAAGGUUUCUGCACCUGCGCCGGGCUACAAGCCCGCUCCGGCCCCCUACCACCCGGCCCCUUCC